UGGCGUCGGCCGCUGAACAACACGCAGCGCAGGAAAAGGUGGCGAAGACUCUCGCUCGCCAGAUGGAAGGGCAGCUAGCGGAGGUUAAAUGCGACGGGACUCCGCCCUGCCGACAAUGUCAGAGGAGACAGAUAGAGUGCACCUUCAGCCCGUGCGCCCGUUCCGGCCCAAGCAAGGUACCCCCACCAAACGUGGCGAGUCCAAUACCUGGGGUAGGCGUUUCGCAGAACGGGGCGCUGGCGGCGACGGCUCUGGCGGCGGCGGUGGCGUCGGCGACGGCAGCGGCGGCGGCGGUCGGGGGUGCAGGGCCACCCCCCUCGGGACAGAUGGCAGCGGCGUUGUCGGGCGGAGGGAUCACGAGCAAGGUGGACGUGACCUACCUCAACUUCUUCCUCAAAGAGUUCAACGCGUUUGUCCCGCUGACGACGCAAGACAUCUUGCGGGACGCUCUUAACCCGGUGCCGGCGGCCCUGACGGAACGAUCGUUCCACGGAGACGAGGAGUAUAGAAGACAGAACGCUCGGGUGGCCGUGAUCCAAGGCUGCAUCACCAUCGGCGCGUUGCUCAAGGGGCACACACAGGGGGUAGGAUACCUGCGUAACGUGCGGGAGGCACUGACCAACUCCUUCCACUUCGUGAGCUCCCAAAAGAAGAACGCCUACAUGGUGACGGCCUACUGCCACGACCUCAUGGGAAAUGCGGCGGCUACACGCAACUACAUGGAGUUCGCGAAGGCGGUGGCGACGCAACUCCCGCAGGUGACGGUGGACCACGAGCUGGUGUUUCAGUUCUACCGCGUGUGCUCGGAGGUGCACAACUGCACCCUGUCGGCUACACCCAAGCUACUCCAGCACGCGGGCGCGGCGGCUCCUUGCUACCAGGUGCUCAACGUACUGACAUACGCCUUGUACGACCUGGCCCAUCUUGCCGCGGAGGAACUCACCAACACCAUUUCCAAGGCGCAGGUGAUGGCGGAGUUGAACUCCCUCUUGCCGAUCCUGACACGUGCUGACGGCAUGAGCCGGGACAACUCGUCCUCGUUCGGAGCUCUCGGCGUCGUGCUCGUGAAGGGGGUGUUGGCCUACAUCUUGCUACGCUUGGGUAGGAGCCAAGACGGGCUGGAGGUGCUGGAGCCGGUGGUGGGCAUCCUGGCGGAAAACCCGGGGCUGCUGCGGCAGGUCAUGUGCUGGCAUUUGUCACACUGCAUUCUGGUGAUCUUCCUGGAGCAUGGGUGGUUCAAAGAAUACGAAAUCACGCGAAACAUUUACAACAGCCUUCUGGAGCCCGAACAGGGCGGGCAGCACUUCGCAGUGUGGGGCCGAGGCCAUUUCCAGGAUGCGACCCCGUUCCCUCCGGUGGACAGCCUCCACUCCCAGGGAAACUCCUUUUUGUGUUCUAACCCCAUCUGCAAGGCCAUCAACAGGGACCUCAGCGAGGGCGUCGAGGCAACCGUCGCCGCACAGGGCCGUUUUGCUGCGGCAUCGAACGCCGCCGGGCCGCAGCCGGUGAUCAAUAUGGUCACCGGGGAAGGCUUCCUCAACUUUGACUCGGAGGCGGGGGUGAACGUUUCGACCGCCUCACCCAAGCCGUCCCUGCCGGGCUUUGGCUCCAGCUGCAGCUCCGGUACGGGAACAAGCCAAGCGUCGCAGGGAUCACCACAACCGCCCGUGUCGAUGUCUUCGUCGUUUUCAGUCGGGCAGCAGCAUCCGCAAGCGAUGUUGAUGACUCCCGCUGCUGCCACGACUCCCGCCGCUCUACACAAGGGGGCUGUUCCGACGAGAGCGGCGAUGUCGGCGAUAUCGGCGGCCGACGCCGGCAAGAAGAGGGUGUUGUCAGAUCGCACCGCCUACGUCCCCUCUGCCGGGGUCCCAGGGGUUGGGGCUAGUGCGGGAGGGGGUUGGAGUUGCUCGGGGUCUGUUCGAGAAAGUGAAGGCGGCGUUUCUCCGGCGAUGGGCCAGGCGAACGCACCAGCGAAUGCUUCAGGAAGCUCGAGCUCUGUGACGCCAAGGACACGGUGAUACCAAAGCGUGGCUUUGGAUGAUGCGCGAUGACGGCGUGUUUCGACCUUGGACAGUGACCCCGUCUUGUGGAUGGAGAUGCCGCAGGAGGAAGGUUGAAGCAUGUGUUGCGACCCGCUUAGGGAAAUCGAUGGGCUCGCCUUUUUUGGUGUCUAGGCUGUUACGGACCCUGCUAU